AUGGAUAAACCAAAAGCAAAAAAGACCCAUGGUCGCAAAAAGAUCGAGUUGAAAAGAAUCGAGAAGGAAGUAGCCAGACAGACCACCUUCACGAAACGAAAAGAAGGUAUAUUUAAGAAAGCAUGCCAACUAAACACCUUAUGUGCUGCUGAGACAGCCGUUGUUCUCUUUUCUCCUUCAGGAGCGCCUUUUUCUUUUGGUGAACCAUCUGUCCAAUCAGUGGUUGACCGUUUUCUGGCAGACGGGAGGAGUCUUCGGGAAGAAUCGCUCAUCAAAGAAGAACUUGAUGCAAGAAAUGAUAAAAUCGACACUCAAUAUAACACAUCUCUUAAGAGGCAAGAAGAUGCACAAGUGAGAGGCAAGGAACUAGCUGAGGCUAAGAAAGCCGAUGGUGACCUGUUUGGGUGGGAUGUACCCAUCAAGGAAAUGAAUCUGGAGCAACUGGAGAGUCUCAAGUUUGAAUUGGGUAAUCUUCAAAUCAUUGAAGAACCAGUUGAUGCUACUGCUGCAUCUUCUUCGGCCAAUCCACUGUUCUUAUCAAGGGGAAGCAGUUCCUCAAAUGUUUCAAUUAAUCCCCCUCCACCUAAUGACCCUCAGGGAUAUCAUUUUUAA